AUGGCUGGCAUUCCAACAACCUGUGGGCUUGCGAUGCCAGUGCCCAGACAGGGAUCGAAUCUGCAAGUUACUGAUGACCGAUUAGAGGCUCUAACCAGAGCCUCGUGGAAAGCUAAAGCUCGUCAGAAAGUUAACAGAAACAUGUCACCUUCGUGCAAAAGCUCUUGUGU